GUGAAGUAUGAGCAUCUUGACUUGGAUUAAACACUGCUGAAUUCCCUGCAUCCUGCCAGAUUCUGUGUUUGAUCACAAUCCUACCUGUUCCCUCCGUUUUCAGUGCCAACUCUGGCUACGGCAAGGUAUUGCUCGUCCCUACACUGAAGGCGAACACUUGAAGAAUCACGAUGGACCUCCUCGCGGAACUGGAGAGCAUGGCUCUCAACGUCUCAGUCGUACAAGAAGACACGAUCUCAGAGCGGGACAUCGCACGAUGGCAACGGAUAUUUGGCUAUGCGAAACCAGAGGCCGUUCGCCGCAUCGAAGAAUACCGGAGCAACUACUCGAAGACGCGGAUAACUGACGAGCUCUGGGAUACAGUCAAAUCCCGAAAAGAGGCGGAAGGUUACGACCGGGAAGCAUACGAGUACUCACUCAAAAACCAGCAACAAGCUCGUGGCUUGACUGCCGCUCCAUGCGUGUCUGGCACGUUCAUCAUGCAGCUCACAUGGCCUCUCGACUCACCGGAAAAAGUUAAGGACGUUGCUGGCUUAAAGGAGGCUCCGUCGAUGGCGACAGGAGCAGGUGAUCAUGGGCAAGUAGAUUUCUGCCAGAUCGAUGGGGUGACGAGAGUGAAGCUGCUGGAUUGGGUCGCAGAGCAUCACGGCGGCUUCCAACUUACUAUCGUUCGCUUGAUCAAGGCGAAGAAGAGUCUCUGUUCACAGAGCAUAGCUCCAACCCUUGCGCUGGACGCGACCAUGCCCCAGAACCGGCUGGACGACGACAAGGACAUCCCUCGGCCAUUACAAGACGAAUAUCCUGUAUGGUAUUUUUUUUACGGUACCCUGGGCAAUCCCGAGGUCCUCAAACAUCACCUCAACUUGGACACAGAACCGUCUCUUGUACCAGCCCAUAUCGAAGGUGGUGAAGUUGGACUCUGGUCGGGGAAAUAUAAGGCGCUAGUGGAUUCGCCAGGAUCGGCCAACAUGAAGGUGGUUGGAAGCGCGUUCCUCGUCCGGUCUCGAGACGAGGAGGACGCGUUGAGAUUUUACGAGACAGACAAGUAUGAAGUUGUGCGAUGCCGCAUCUUGACCGAGCAGGGUAUUUUCAGAGGGUUGACCUUUCGCUUUGACGGAGUCCCGAAGGAUCUAGGAUAGCAUGGGAUAGACGAAUGCUGGACUCGAUGUGAGAGUGGUGGCCACUGGUCAGCUG